UGAGAAUACCCUAGUCCUAGUCCAUUCGCAGAACUACGUCCGUGAUGUAUAUGAUUGUACAUGAUUGGUACAUGAUGUCGCCAAGAUGGCGCCGGUGAUUUAUACGUUAUACGGGUUUGCAAUACUUUUCUUCGUGUUUUGGUGCGGUAAAUGGAUAGUACAUUUAAUUGCUCUGUUUUAUGGAAAGUGGAAACUACAUAAAAAAGUUACUCAACUGCCAUGCGAAACUCCUUAUCCAGGUGUUUCAAUUUUGAAACCACUGAUGGGUGUAGACCCCAACUUAUUUUGUAACCUGGAGACUUUCUUCACAAUGAAUUAUCCUGUGUAUGAGCUUCUGUUUUGUGUUGAAGAUAAGAGUGAUCCUGCUGUUAUGGUAGUCAUGCAGCUCACUGAGAAAUAUCCAACUGUUAGUUCCAGAUUAUUUACUGGUGGUUCCAAUGUUGGAGUAAAUCCAAAAAUUAACAACAUGCAACCAGGUUUCAAAGCAGCAAAGUAUGAGCUCAUACUUAUAUCAGACAGUGGAAUAAGAAUGAAAGAAGACACGUUAUUGGAUAUGGUUUCGUGUAUGACAGAAGAUGUUGGUCUGGUCCACCAGAUGCCAUUUACAUGUGACCGUGAUGGUUUUGCAGCUACGUUAGAAAAGGUUUAUUUUGGCACUGCACAAGCACGCAUCUACUUAGUUGCUGAUUUUCUUCGAGUAAAUUGUCAUACAGGAAUGUCUGCUCUAAUGCGCAAGGCUCUGAUUGAUGAAGUUGGGGGAAUUGAAGCAUUCAGCUGUUACUUGGCAGAAGAUUUCUUUCUUGCCAAAUCACUAAAAGAAAGAGGCUGGAGGAUGUGUAUCAGCAGUCAACCAGCAUGGCAGAACUCCGGUGUUUGUGAAAUAAAUAGUUUUCAGGCUCGAUUAACCAGAUGGGCGAAAUUGCGGGUAGCCAUGGUGCCUCAUACCAUUCUCCUGGAGCCUUUGUCUGAGUGUAUGGUAAUAGGAGCAUGUGCAUCAUGGGCUGUCUCCUUCCUCUUCAGUUGGGAUCCUCUCGUCUUCUACUUGGUGCACAUCCUCGUCUGGUUUCUUCUUGACUGGAUCUUACUUUCUAUUAUUCAGAAUGGUUCUCUGCCAUUUAACAAAUUUGAUUUUGUUAUGGGUUGGCUGUUUCGAGAAUGUAGCAGUCCAUAUUUGUUUCUUCAUGCUCUGUGGGACCCAGCGAUAAGAUGGCGUGCACGGACCUACAGACUUAGGUGGGGUGGUGUUGCCGAAGAAUUGAAGCCCAAAGUGAAAGUAUGAAGUGUAAGUGUGAGUCAAAACUUGCAGAUUCAGUAACAGCAAGUGAAGAAGUGUUACUGAUGAGACCUAACUCUUAAGUGCGUAAUUACUUAUCGUCUGUGGGAACAUCCUGUUGUAGUACAACCACCACAAGUGAUCAAAAGAAGCUCUUCAGAUUUUCUGAAGAAGAAAUUCUAUUUAGUGAUAAAAAUAUGAAUAUCAUGUUGAAGGUUAUAUUUUAGAAGUUAUGGCUGUCCGUCCAUACCAUAUGUAAAGACAUCUGCAUACAUAAAAUGUCAUUUCCAAGCAAAGAGAAGCAUGAUACAACCAUUGAGUAUGUUCAGGUCUGAUGUCAUUGUUACCACAGCUUUUUUCUUGUCAGUUGCCAUAGUCCAAACUUUUAAUAAUGGAAGGCAGUUGAGCAGAGCAUAGAUUGACGUGGUCUCCGAGUGACUGUGAGCAAAAUUUGCUUGGCUAUAAAUAUUGUGUACUGUAUGUUAACAGAAAUCCCUUGACACUUUUGUCUUAGCAUAAAAUGAAGACAUUCCUGCGCUGAAGCACUGCUUCUGCCAGAAUUCUCGUAAGGUGUUUCUCACACGAUUCCUGUAGGAUGAUGAACUUAGUAUACUGUUCUAAAAGUUACGAAAUAGACAUUCAGUGCAGGCAAUUUAAAAAACACUAUUAUGUUAACUUUAUGUCUGUGCAUUGUCUUCUUAUUAAUAUAUAUGUUGAUUAUGAAUGAAUGGUCCAAAUUACAGUUUUCAUUGUGAUAAAUUUUCUAAACCUCGAGAUGAAUUGAGCAUCUUACAUAAUGUACAUUAAUGUUAACUGUGAUAGUGACAAUUCUAGUAGUUGUGGACAUAUUGCUCAGAACAUUUUAUAGCGUGGUCCUCAUUUGUGUGCACUUUAACUAUAUGCAUUUAAAUAAAUUUAAAGAGUUUUGUAUUGAACCCUUCAUUUGUAGCUUUAGGUUUGAAAUGCUAUUGCUGACAUAAGAGCAGAACCGAGUAAGAACUCACCCUGUGAAGAAUUAUAAGAAUAUUGCUCUGUCUGCAUUGUAACAUUACACUAUAAUUCAGCAUUUUGCUAACAAAAAUAUAAUUAGGCUGUUCAAACGUAUAUUUUGAUGGGGGGAAUAUUACUUAGUAUGAAUGGCGUUGAAAGCUUUGAUCUGCUCCCAGACAUAGUAGUGGAUGUUCUCUGCAUCUCAACUGAAGGUUUAGACAACUCUUUACUGGUGGAAUGUUAAUACAGAAUAAUACGUAAGGCCACCUUUUGUAUAUAUAGAUGUAAGUUUGAUUAAGAUGUGUAAUAUUUGAUACUGAAUUCUAGAUUGCACUUGAACUGCUGACAGGAAAUAUUGUAUAUAAAUUGUAAAAUACUGUAGCAUGUAAAGAGCUAAUAAACAACCUAUCAGCGUAACA